UUUCUUUGGGAUUGAACUGCCAGGGGAAUGAAAAGAUUUUAUACAACCCCGUUGUAAAGAGCUGGCUUUGAGAGCUUCUGUCUCUUGACCUGGAUAUGGGGCAGCAAACCAGUCCGAACAGGAUCAGUCUUAGGAAGGUACAGCAUUUGCUUUUGUGUCUGCUCUCUGUGUUAUUUGGACCCAUGCUCAGCUCUGCAAGUUACACCAGAGCAACGGAAUUACUUUACUCAAUAAACGAAGGAUUACCCAAGGGAGUUGUUAUUGGGAACAUUGUGGAGGAUUUGCAUUUGGAUCGCUUUGCUGACCCUCCUCUUUCCUUCAGUCUGGCAUCAAAGGGGCUCAGUGAGAAAUAUGUGAGCCUUAAUAACAGAACAGGAGAGCUGUGCACAUCUGCAGAUGAGUUGGACCGGGAAGCCCUAUGUCAACAAAGCCUUGGUGGUCAGGAUUGUGUCCUUUUACUCGACAUCAUCAUUUUGCCUCAGGAAUAUUUCAGAUUUAUCAAAGUUAAAAUUGCAAUUAUUGAUGUUAAUGACAAUAUACCCCAGUUUCCUGUGCCACAGAUUUAUAUCACUGUGCCUGAAAAUGCUCCUGUUAAUACCAGGUUAGUAAUAGAGCAUCCUGCAUCUGACCCUGAUGGGGGAUUCAAUGGGGUCCAGACCUACAGAUUGGUGGAUUAUUAUGGUGUUUUUACAUUAGAUGUAGAGGAGAAUGAGAGUGGGGAAAGGACACCGUAUUUGAUCAUAAUGGGACCUUUGGACAGAGAGGUAAAAUCAGAAUAUAAGACUAUUAUUAUUGCUGAAGAUGGAGGAAAUCCACCUCUCCUGGGAUCUGCCACAAUGCUAAUUCAAAUUAGUGAUGUAAAUGACAACUGCCCUCAGUUCACUGAAUCUCUGAUUAAUGUUACACUUUCAGGAAAUUCUAGCACUGGGGCACAUGUGACAACAGUGCAUGCUGUAGAUAAAGAUUUAGGGCCCAAUGCUCAAAUUACAUAUGCUUUCAGUGAAAGAGUUUCCAAAGCCACAAAGGAAUACUUUAACCUUAAUGAAAUCUCAGGAGUUAUUAAACUCUCUAAGAAGAUAGAUGGCUCUACAAUCCAGCUGCACAAGUUAACUGUGCUUGCAAAUGGCCCAGGAUGCAUCCCAGCAGUUAUAACUGUAUUUGUUUUCAUAAAUAAAGUCACAUUUAGACCACCUGAUGUUGUUCCUCGCUAUAUAGCUAAUGAAGUCAAUGGAAUAGUUUACCUGAAAGAGUUAGAACCAGUCAAUUCUCCUAUUGCAUUUUUUACUAUAAAAGACCCUGAUGACAAAUACAAAGUAAAUUGUUACCUUGAAGGUGAAGGGCCUUUCAGAUUAUCAGCAUAUAAGACAUAUAAUAAUGAAUAUCUGCUUGAAACAACAGAUACAUUAGAUUAUGAGCAAAAACAAUUAUAUAACAUUGCAGUGGUGGCCCGUAGUUUGGACGGAUUCCUUGUAAAGAAAUUUAUAAAAGUGCAAAUUCUAGAUGAAAAUGAUAAUGCUCCUGUUUUCACCCAAUCAACAGUCGAGUUAACUAUUGAAGAAAAUAAUGCCCCUAAUGCAUUUCUGACCAAACUCUCUGCUACAGAUAUUGAUGGUGGUGAAAGUGGUCAUGUUUCCUUUUUCUUGGGGUCUGAUGCCCCGUCCUAUUUUUCUUUAGACAGUUUAACAGGAAUUCUUUCAGUCACCACCAUGUUAGAUAGAGAAGAAAAGGAGAAAUAUAGGUUCACUGUUAAAGCCAGGGAUAACGGCACACCUCCACAAGAGUCAGUAGCCACCAUACAUAUUACUGUGCUGGACAAAAACGACAACAGUCCUCGCUUCAUCAACAAGGAUUUUAGUUUUUUUGUUCCUGAAAACUUUCCAGGCUUUGGUGAAAUUGGAGUAAUUAGCGUCACAGAUGCUGACUCUGGACAAAACGGAUGGAUAGCACUUUCAAUAGUGAAUGGAAGUGAUAUUUUUGUAAUCGACACUGGGAAAGGACUCCUGAGAGCAAAGGUCUCAUUGGACAGAGAACAACAGAGCUCUUAUACUCUUUUGGUUGAAGCUGUUGAUGGUGGAGACCCAAGUUUGUCUUCUACAGCAAAAAUAACAAUCCUCCUGUUGGAUGUUAAUGAUAACCCCCCUGUUGUUUUGUUUCCUCAGUCUAAUAUGUCUUAUCUCCUUGUCCUCCCGUCAACUCUGCCAGGCUCCCCAGUCACUGAAGUGUAUGCUAUUGAUAGGGACACAGGAAUGAAUGCUGUUAUUGCUUAUAGCAUUAUAGGAAGAAGAGGCCCCAGGCCAGAAUCAUUUAGGAUAGAUGCCAAGACAGGUAACAUAACUCUAGAAGAAUCCCUGAUGAGAAAUGAUUAUGGUUUGUACAGAUUGCUAGUGAAAGUUAGUGACCACGGUUAUCCAGAACCACUUUAUGCCACUGUGAUGGUGAAUUUGUUUGUCAAUGACACUGUAAGUAAUGAAAGUUAUAUUGAAAGUUUGCUAAGAAAGGAACCAGACAUUAAUAUAGAAGAGAAGGAACCUCAAAUAGCAUAUGAGCCCACCCAUAAAAAAAUGGAAACCGAUUCAUGUGUACCUACUUUGGUAACACUUUCUAUAUUAAGUCUGGGGUCAGUCAUAUUAGUCACUAUAAUGGGAAUGUACAUCUGCUUAAGAAAAGGAAAGAAGGAUCACAGAAUAAAAGAAAACAUGGAGGUUCAGAUUCCUUUAAAUGGUAAAAUAGACUUCCAUAUGCUCGAGAAGAAACCAAUAGAGAUUUCAAAUAUUUAAUAUUUUUUAGAUGUAUCAUGUAAUACAAUCUGAAAUUUUGGAGAAUACAAUAACCUAACACAAUGUGUUAAGAAAGUUUAUAAUGAAGGGCCACUAAUUUAAAACAUAUAUAAUAAUAUAUGUAAAUAAAUCUUUACAGCUUUGUUAAUUAAAGCAAAAAUUGUUACAAAAUAUGUAAAGGUUUUUUUUUUGUUUUUUUAUAUACAUGUAAAUGAAUCACACUAAAGCUAUUAGAUAUUUGAGAUGCUUAUUCAACUUUUGUUUUCAUGUGUGAACACAGAAAAAAAACUAAAAUGUGUACUGUGGAAUAAUUUUUUAGUUAAAUUAUUAUCCAGCAGGGGGCUAAAACUUCAGUAUUAGAAUAUAUAUGUGUUCAAAACAAAAAAAUAACCUAAAAUAUAAAUUAUAUAUUUUUAAUGUUUUCUUGCCAUGUAUAAGGUUUUAACUGCAAAAUUCCCUUUCUAUAUUUAUAAAAAAAAUAGUUUAAAGAAAAAAAAUAUUAAAUAAUCGAAUGUGUUUUACCUCAGUAAUUUCACAUUUACUAGAAGUGCAAUUCAUUACCAAGCAAAACUGCUCCAAUGUUAAUUCCUUGUGCAGAAACACAAAUAUCUUUUUUCUUUUUUUUUUCUCUCAACAUUUUUGAGUAUAUAAAAGCUUUACUGGUUAUGUAUACAGGUAUACAAAAUGUAUGUUGAUAAUUUAAUGGUUGAAUUUAUAGGACAAUCAUUAACUGAAAUGCUUGACAACAUAUUUUCUUUCUUUUUUGUUUUGCAUUUUUAUUAAGAUACAUAUUUUUUUCUGAAAAGGUUAUAAACAAUGGAAAUGUAUUAAUCCUUUUUUUCAGAGUUUAGCUUAGAUGAUUAAAUAUAUUUUUUUUAGAGAAUAUAGAAGAGGGAACAAUUAUUUAUUCAUUCUAUUAAGGCAACAUAGCAUUUUAUUAUUAAUAUUAUUAUUGAUUAUAUUAUUAUAACCUUAUUAUUUUAAUUUAAUUCAAAGCAUACAUUUUCAGCUUUGUGACUGACUGUCAACAUAACUUUUGUAUAACACAUUGUUGAUUCUACAACAAAGCAGUUUUUCAACAUUUACCACUAUUCUCCUUUUGGUGUUCCCUUGUGUUUAUUAAGUUUGUUUUUAAAUUAAAUACUACCAUAUAACUGGGUAUGUUAACCCAUGACUUGCUGAAGUGAUGUUGCCCUACAGAUUGCAAUUUUUAUUACUGUAUCCAUGUGAUGUUCAACUGUAUAUACCAGCAAAGGGAAAGAUUACACAUAUUUCCAGCAUCAUGUCUGUACUGUACCAAAAGUGUUUAUAUGUCUUUAAAUUAAAGCUAUAUAUUUUCAUAAAACAUA